AUGGAACGAAGAUUUGUACCCCUAGAAUCUAAGCGGUAUGGCAGAUUCUACGUCAAGACGGACGUCUAUAGCUAUGGUGUCCUCCUCCUCGAGCUCAUCACCCAACAGAUGUACAUUAAAAGCAGCAGCAGUUGCAAAUCUCUGGCUACGUGGGUGUUGCAACAUGCGCUUGAGAACAACUACAUGAAGUGUAUUCCCCCACAGUUCGCUAAAGGGCCACGCAUCAAUGACAUAAAAAGAUGCAUUUGCAUAGCACUGCGCUGCGUUGCAGAGGAUCCAGCGGAACGGCCAACCAUGGGUGAUGUUGAUAGGUGGCUGAGGAACAAGAACCAAGUUGCGCCGUGGAUAAAUAAGCUAGAUCACAACACCAAAGAUACUGUCACGGAAGGUGGCAUGGACACACCGGCUACCACCACGCCUAUGCCAACGGACCCUGAAGGAAGCACAGGACCAAGGCUGAGAGGGGGAGAACGGACCACAGGCCCAACAAACAGUAUGAUUGAGCCCAAUACCGUGCAGGGAGGCAACACAGCGCGCAAGUCAAAAAAAGGCGCAGUGCGCAAAUCAUCGAAGCAUCAAGUAUCGAGUGGUAGUGUGUGA